AUGAGCAAGCCUCCAUUUCCAAGAUCUCCAUUGCGUCUUCGACCGCCUCAAGCUGUCCACUCAUCAAACUCUUUCUCUCUUCAAACCCCACCAGGUUCUUUGACCAAAUCUCAGAAAUCUGCUCUCUCUCCGAAUAUGCGACCGGAGUACCGAACUAUAUCGUGCGAGUUACGGGCUCUGGCGAAGAUGGUCCGUGACGAAUUCAGUGACGCGAAUUCGGAGAAAGCGGCGGGUGCCAAUUCUUGCGGUGCCAAUUCAAGUGUUCUAUUCGAAAGGGGUAGAUUCUACGACGAGUAUUCUGCUAGAAGGAAUGAGAGGCUUAUGAGAAAGAAAGGUGUAACUGCAAUAGACGAAGGUAAGGUUAAACCUGUUCGCGGUCUUGGGGUCACAGUAGAAUCUGGAAAGAAAAGUAGUGUGAGAAAGAUAGGAAGUCUGAGAAAAUCUAUUUCUGCUGCUUACUCUGCCGGGCUAAGUGAAACACCAAGAUACAUGCUCAGAAGCAUGACUAAGGAAAAUAAAAAGCCUCCUCUCCCUGCAAAAUUUGACAAAUCUGUUGUGGCUGGAGAGAAGAAAAUGGGAACAAGAACGAGAAGGAUUUAA